AUGGCUGCGAUGCAUCGCUUCGCCGUGCUGCUGCUAGCCGUAGUCGCGGUAUGCCACGUCAGCCACGUCUCAGCACUCAAACCUGGAGAAUUGGGGCGAGCCAUUGAAUUCAUCGGGAAGCGACCGGAAUACAAGGCAAUCCACAAAUUCGUCGACGAUUAUUUGAAAUCUCUCAUUCCGCUGACCGACCUGACCAUUCUGCUGCCUGCCAAUAUCGCACUGCUUCGCAACUACACCAAGGACGAGCAAACAACAAUUCUGUCUUACAACACAAUAGCGACGCGCUACCUCUUCCACAAUCUCACCGACAUGCCGGCCGGAACGGAGCUAGACACUCUCGAGGGAAACAUGGUCACGAAGCGCGGCCCCAAGGGCCGGCCGACCGUUAUAUUCAAAGGCGCGGCGAAACUACCGAGCGUGCUGGCGGUGCCGAACCUGUGGGUUGGUACGGACUUUACGAUCCAGGGCACGAGCACACUGCUCAUCCCGCCGGAGCUUCUGACGCCCGAGGCUGACUCCAUCCGCGUCCCAAUCAGGCUCGCACUGCUUCUCCUCUGCCUCGUAGCUCUGCUCUCUUCGGCACUGCUCCCCGCUGUUAGCAGCAGUGGCACCAGCGGUAGCGGCAGCCCCGGCGGGCCCCUCCGCGGUGGCGCCGCACUCGGCGGUGCUAAGACGCCUCAAAAUGCUAGUAUCGAGGAUGAAGGUGAAGACGACGAUGACGAUUUAAUAGAGGUUCUGCAAGAGGUCGCGAAGAUGGGGAACUACAGCUACUUCGCUAACCAACUCUUAUCGUCCCAGGCGCUUCCCACAUUUCCCAAGCCUCCCAAACAGGGGAAAGGAGGCGGCUUCCGACUGAUCAAGAAAAAGCGAACCAUUUUCAUGCCAGUCGACACGGGGAUGAUUCGCGUGACCAUGCAAUCGUACCCGCGCGCCGUGGCGAUGAAAAUUUUCAGAUUUCAUAUCGCAAAGGGUCUGUACGAUUUCAUGGAGCUCAAAGCGAUGCCGCCUCAAUCGAAGAUUCCGACGUACGAAGGCGGGAUGAUCACGAAGGUUUCGCGAAAGAACACGAAACUCAUCGUGCAGCUAAAGGGGAGGGGGUUUAUUCCGACGACGAUUGUAUCAGGCGACAUGCAGCGAGGGCGUAACACCAUCGUCCACGGCAUUACGUCCAUCAUGCUUCCGCCGGACUUGUAA